AUGAAAAGAAAACAAGCUUUACAGAAAAACCCUGAUAAGGCUAAAACAGUGAAAAGCUCACAAAGUGCGGAUAGCAAAUAUGAGGAAUAUGAGGAGCAAAUGAUGUUGUUAUGGGAAACAAGAAAUAAAAUAGGGAGUGAAUGCACUGAGGAAAUGCUUAGAGUGAUGCAAUCUCGAAAUAAUCGUCCAGAGCUAUCUGGAAAUGGAAACUUGGAAAGUUGUGCUGAUGGUAUCUUAUUCGGAGCAUUUAAGCCCUGUCCAAUCUGCCAUCAGUCAGAAAUCCGUUUCAGCAAAAAAUCCCGUUGCUACAAGUGCUAUAGUUUUAUGGGAGGUAAGGUAUGCGAAUAUGUAACAGAUAAAGCUGAAAGAACUGCCUGGACAAUUCCUGAAGAAUUUAAGGCAAUAUCUCCAUUUCUAGCAAGUUAUAGUUACAUUCCUCGUGAUCGAGUUUACUGCUGGGCUGACACAUAUAGUCCUCUUCCUGAUGAAUUGAGAUGGCCUACGGUGUGCAGAUCUGAUAUUUUAAAGAUAAGACCAUUAGGCAGUAUACGUAUUACAGCUAUCGGCAAGCUUAAAAACAAUAAUUACGUAUUUGAGUCUCCUGCAAAGCCAAAUGUUAUGGUCUUACUUGAUGCUAAGGGUAACAUUAAGAAGAAAAUAAGUAACUUAGGUGGCAUAUUUCGCGAUCAGAUCUCCAAAUAUAUCGAUUUAUGCAUCAGUAACUCAGAAUCACUUAGUAAAGCUGAAAAACAGAAAAUUGAUAGUCUGGCUUUGCCUGUUGUUUCGGAUAAGUUCCUUGAAUUUAUUAAUGACAUCAAUUUCGAUGAGGCUAUGAUAAAAUAUGCUAUUAGCAAUUGCACAAUCGAUAAGAUUGCAAGUAUUAAAAACAGGAGACAAGGAUACUAUUCAACAAGUAUUAUUGAUUUACGCAAAAACAGCAAAGCGGUUGUAGAUCCUUACUCUGGCUUGCAAGAUGACUAUCAUGUUAUUGAAGAUUCAAAUGGUAUUGUUUACAGCGUAGUGCUUGAAAAGACGCCUUGCGAAUUUCUUAAAUUACAGGCACUAAAGCAUAAUCAAUUGAAUCACUGUUGCUUUGUUCGGAUUAAAGAUUAUGUGGCUGGCAUUGGAGAAAUAAGAAUUGAAAUUGAAGAUGGCCUUACCGAAAUAGAAGCCAAGAUGGCUUUAGAUGCUAAGUACUUUCAGAAAACAGGUUAUUCAUUUAUAAAUGGGAUACAAAGUAAGCGCAAGGCGCAAAAGCUUUAUUAUCCUAUUGGUACUGCGUACAUUCCAGAUGAGGAUAAAGAAGCGAUUAAAUUAGAUAGUAUAAUAUCCGAGGCGCAAACUAGUAAACUAUCAUAUGAGAUUCAGAAGUUACUGAAAUUAAUUUUUAACGUUAAGUCCAUUGCAGCAAUAGCCAUGGAAUAUCAGAUUGAUGUAGCGAAAUUACCGUUAAAAAAUCUCACGGCUGAUAGGAUUACAAAGGCAAUGCAAAUUCUUCAUCAGCUCGAUGCGCUUUCAAAUAAGAGAGGUUUGAAAGAUCGAGAAAGACUAGACAAGGUCACGAAAUUGAAGCAGAAGUUUAGUAGUAUUCUUCCGAAGGAAUUAUCAAUUGACGGUCAUCGCUGGUUUGAUGAUGUAUUUCGCGUAAAUCUUGUAGAAAAAGAAAGUGAAGAAUUCAAUAUGAUUUGUGAAUAUGGUAGCAAAACUUGUGAAUCACCUAGAGAAGAGUAUUAUAAAUUAAAGAUAGAAGAGAUAUAUAAGAUCAAGAAUCAUAAAAGUCACAAAACAUACGAAAAAUUUUGCGGGUUGGGUAAUCGAAUGCUUUUAUGGAAUGGAAAUCGCUUAAUUAAUUAUGGUCGAAUAUUCAAGCAAGGAAUACAACCUAUGGCAACAUUCGGCUACCUAGGCAGGAAAAGUUGUGAUUAUGGAAAAGGAGUUUAUUUUUCAGAUAUGAUGUGGAAAGCCGCUCUAGAUUGUGAAGCUACUUUUACGAAUUCUACCGGAUUACUAUUACUAUGUGAAGUCGCACUCGGUAGAACCUCAGAAAAUCCGUCUGACGUUAGUAAACCACGCUCAACUGCUGAUAGCGUCAAAUCUACAAGUCCGAUAGGACCAGAUCCGUCUGGAAAUAUAACGCUUGAAAAUGACGUAAUUGUACCGAUAGGAGAUAUUAACAAAGCUGAAUACUUUGGGGAAACAAAUCAGUAUCCUGACACACUUUAA